ACUUUUAACCUUACACACUGUUUUCAAGACGUAACCAUCCUUCAGAUUUGACUAGAUCUGCUUCAUUCCCUCCCUAAAUAACAGUUGAAGUGCAUUUCAAGCACAUCUUCCAUAUGUCACUUACUUCAUUCAAGCCGCUUUCCCCCCUUUUCUCUUUUGGAUUUAGGGUGAAACUGAAGUGAAAAACAACACUUAGAUGGGAUCCGGUGGGAGCAAGCCUAGUUGCAGAGUCAGCGGUGGAACAGAAACUGAAUCUUCUUCUUCAUCGUCUAGCUGCGCUUCCCGGCGGAGAAGAUCCAAGGGGAAGAAUAGAGUUUUCCGGUCCUCUUGUCUGAAAGCGCUUUCUGGAUCUGAGUCUCCUAAACCUAAUUUUCACCAACAGAAAGAACCUGUGUCAGAGACGGAUCAGGUAAAAAAAGAAUGUCGCAAAAAGGUUGGAGGCGAAACGGCAUCUCACGAUGAAAUGCCGUUGCCAACGCCUUGCGUAACUUCCGGUGGUAGCACCUCCGGUGCGGCCGCGACAGCUGCUCAUCAAUCUCCUUCUCGAUGCCUCUCCGGCUUUAGCUUCCGAUUAAGCAGAGAUGGUAACACUUCUGUUGUUCCUACAAGUCUUUCAAUGUUGAACCGUAGUGGCAAUUUUGGGACACUUGAACCUCAACAACCUCCCCGCAAUUCUUGCUCUCCGAUAAUCGCCAAUGAUGCAGAUGGAAGUGGAGAGUCUGUUGAAAGCAAUGCUCGUUUUAGCAGAGCCUUAAGUGUUGGAAGGCUUCGUGAUCGUGUUCUUGGUAGAGCUUCUUCAUUUUUCCCUUUGCAGCAAGACUGGCAACUAAAUACUAAUCAAACUCGGGAAUUAGCCACCUCGUCAUCCACUGCCGCUCUUGAUUCCUCCAUUUCCCAGAAUGAAAUUGAAACUCCACGAUCCAGAGAAGCCAGGUAUCAUGAUUUGUUCCACCACAGAUCCAAUUUCCUUGAAAGGAGGAGAAGAAUACGAUCUCAGGUCCGAGCUCUUCAACGGUUAGGAAGCCGUUUUGAGAACUUAUCAGGACAUGAAAGAUCUUGCCUUUUAUCUGGUCAACACAGAAAUGGUCAAUGCGCAUGUCGUGUAAAUAAUCAAGAUUCUAGCUCAAACAAUGACACAACCAGUGCUAGGUCUAGUGUGUCCAGAAUUGUUAUGUUAGCUGAAGCUUUAUUUGAGGUCCUAGAUGAAAUUCAUCAGCAAUCGUUGGUUUUAUCUUCUCAACCAUCCGCGUCUUCAAUUGGAUCUGUUCCUGCACCAAAUGAAGUUGUUGAUUCACUUCCUGUCAAAGUAUACAAGUCACAGAAACUUAAGAAUGAUGAGACUGUGCAAUGUUUCAUCUGCCUUGGGGAGUACGAGCAGGGGGAUAUCAUUAGGAGAUUGCCUUGUACUCAUGAAUUUCAUAGAACAUGUAUAGACAAGUGGCUCAAGGAGAUUCACAGGGUGUGCCCUCUUUGUCGAGGGGAUGUAUGCGGACCUGAUCAGUUGCCUGCGGAGUAGGGCAUCCAGUUUGUUUAUACAUAAUUGACGAGAAGAGAACUGGAAACAGGGAUUAUGAAGUGAUAAUUAUAUAAUUGGGAAUGUAUAUGAACAAGUGUGUUUAAUAUAUCAUCCGUGAUCAGUUCCAUCGCUUUUUGGCUGCACAAUAAAAUAAUAAAAAAAUGGGUUG